AUGAUCUUUAUAUUUCGACCGGCCACAAUAAAAAGACCCACCUACCGACUACCGACCUACGUAACUACCUACCCACCAACCUACCCGUCGUAUAUACAUAUAUAUUUAUAUAUUAUAUAUAUAUAUAUAUAUUCUUGUUCUGCCCAGCUCCAGGACGAGCCCGCCAAGACCGCCGACGCCCCGCAGCACUCCAGCAACCUCGGCUCGGGGAAGCCAUCGUCUGUUGCUGAUGAUGCAGCACAUGCACUCACGACACUGUGUGAUGUGCUUCAGCAAAGCCCCAGUGAGAUUCAGAAAGCUUUGCUACGCCCCGGAACUGUCGAGUUCGAGGCAAUUGCUGCUGCAGUCAAGAGUGCCAAGCUUCAGGAAGCCCAAGCACAGCAACAGACCGGUACCGAAAAUUCGAAAGGCAGCACACAAACUCAGGAGCUCGCAGCAAAACAGGUACCGGCUACUCAGGCCAUGGACAGCUAUCUAGAUGGUGUGUAUGGCAACAGCCAUCGCUGUGACUCGAGGUCCCCUCCUGGAAUGCGCCCGAAUGCUGAGCCCAAGCCGACAGAAGCCUCGAACCAAGCACCACAGCAGAAGCCCAAGCCAGCAGAAGCCUCGGACCAAGCACCACAGCAGAAGCCCAAGCCGGCAGAAGCCUCGGACCAAGCACCACAGCAGAAGCCCAAGCCGGCAGAAGCCUCGGACCAAGCACGGCAGCAGAACAAGCCGGCAGAAGCCUCGGACCAAGCACCGCAGCAGAACAAGCCGACAGGAGCCUCGGACCAAGCACCGCAGCAGAAGCCGAUCACAGAAGCCUCAAUUCCUAUGGAUGUCGAUGCCCCAGUCCUCUCCAAUGCCGAGAAAGCACUGGAGCAAAAGCCGAAUACCGAGCCCCAGCAGUCGAUGCCUCCACCUUCCACUGUCCCUGUGAAGGCUACGCAAGCCACUCCUUCGAACCCACCUAGCAGUGCUCCCUCAACCCCUGGCCCCAGUGAUGUUGAAGAUGAUCCUGAGCUAUCGGCUCUUGCAGAUAUCAUGCACCAGAUGAAGGAAGCCGCCCGAAAGACGCGGAUGCGAUUCUUGCGGUCUUUCGAAAGCACCUGA